AAAAAAAAAAAAAAAGGAGGGAGAGAGGAAAAGAUACGUAAUGCGCCAAAUCAACCAAAUCGAGCAUCGUUUUGUUUAAUUUCUUUUUUUAAGAAAAAAAAAAAAAAAAAAGGAAGUGAUAAUAGAUAUAAAUACAAAUACCAAAAAAAAAAAUCAAAGAUUAAAGGAAAAACAAAAAAUCAAAAUGGGAUUUUUAUUAAGAAGAAUACAAUGGCCAUUAAAAAGUCCAUAAUUCAAUUUAAGCAAAAAUUUUUCAUUUCUUUUUUUAUGGAAUUUUUAAAUUCAACAAGUAUUUUGUUAAAGAACAAAAAAAAAACGAAAAAUAAAAAAAACGAAAAAUUAUCUCCAAAG